UGCAUGCGUACGACGGUUAUCCCUUCUGUCAAUACGGUUAUCCGGCUGGCUGGAGAGUAUACGCAUAUCCCCGCUAGUCAGGCAAGCCCCGCCAAGUGCCAGAUGCUUCUGCUGCGGUACGAUUAUUAUCUUAGUGGCAUCGAUGGAUAUGGCGUCUCGCGAUGAGUGAAAAGAACAUCUGCCAACGCUUCAGCAUCGGGUUAAUCAUACUCGGUUUUUUCGGGUCCCAUCUACUUUGCCAUAUAAACAAACUCAUUCGAAAAGAUAUACCAACUUUCACCUGCAUUGAACUAGUGAGGAAAUGGAACCCUGAAAACUAUGAGACGCUCAAGAAGCAGAAUGGCAUCGUUGAUCCACCGAGGUACGGCGCGCUCGGACGGUCUACGGCGAGCCAACGACUCCGGCUGUGCAUAUCGAUUCGAAGCACUGGGGUGUGCGAUCCCCGCUGUUUCACAAUUUUGAGGUGCGAAAGGCCGAUUUCUAUCUCCAUCUGAGGAAGGUCAACAAGCGC